GGCUCCUACAUAUCCUGUUCAAACCAAGCUUAAACCGAUUGAAUUCUGGUUGGACCAUCAAAUUUCAGACUACUUAGUGAUCGGCUUAUCAACUUAAACCGGUUUGGUAUUUUUAUUAACCAGAUUCCCUUUUGCAAGGAGGGGCCUUUCUUUUUAUAUUGACGAUAUAGCAUGUCCGAAACGAAACGGCUUUCUCUAACGGCUAGUUCCAAGUCUGACAUUGCUUUUUUAAAAUAACUCACUCCCACUGUCCGUCUCUCGAAAUUAACGAUCUAGACCCAAAGCACAGUCAAACUACCGCAAAAAAGAGGUCGAUAACCAGCCAGCCAUUACGCUCCUUCUCUGUCACGGUAGACAAUGGCAGACGAGUUGGCAUCACUUUCUCCCGUUUUUCCGCACCAGGGCGAGUACCCAGAAGUAGAAGAAGAGGACUUCUACGAACAGAUCUCAGCGCCCAAGUAUGUCGACCUCACUAAGCCCGAUCCCCGCCGCUCUAGCGAAGAUCGCUACUGGUUCUGCCUCCGGGUUGGUUGUGACCAAAAGCACGAAGAAGAAAUGGACUCCGAAGCAAUCUACAAAAAUUUCGUUCUUAGAGUCAUGGCUGCAAGAAGUCCCAACGUGAAGCUUCGAAAAGCACUGUGUAACAAGGAGAAAAGCCACAAUCUGAAAUGCCCACAGACAGUACCAGCCAAGCCUUCCAGGCCUAGAGGGCCGAGGCUUGCUUUGAUUUCUUCAAUAUCUAAGAAACUGGUCGACAACAAAGCGAAACUCAAGCCGCUCCAGAAGCAAACUGCAACAACUCCAAAAGCAAUGGCAAAGCAAUCUUCUAACAUGGCCAAGGCUCUAACAACUCCAAGAAACAAAAAGCCGGCAGUGUCAGAACCCGCUGCUGUAUUUAGGAGCGUUAGGGCCCCGAAAUCAACAGCUCUUGUAGGAUUGCCAAAGAAGAUGGGAACAGCCAGGACUUUGGUAUUUCAUUCGCCUAAGAAGCAAGUAAGAAUAAAAACCCCAUCUGAAGGAAUAGACAGUAUGAAGACCUUGUGUUCCGGCAUGAAAAAGCUGGAGAUUACAAGUGGGAAUAAGCAAAUGAUGAGGAGCACAACAGCAGUAUCAGAUGCUAAGAGAAAACAACCAAGGGGACGGGAGGUUAAAAGCCGGGUUUAUGAUGGACUCCUCCAUACUCCAACUAAAGUAGCCAAACAAGCUAAAUCGUCCAAGUGCUUGGAGGGAAAGAACUUGGAAACAAGUUCGAUGAUGCUGCAGCCCGACUAUGAUCAUGCAGCUUGUAAAGGGGUUCAAGAUGAUUCUUCCAAUGAACUAGACACUGAGGAGAAAUGCAGAAAUGGCCCUCAGGGGAUGAAUGCCAACGAGAGCCGUGCAAGUGGACAAGAGAAUGUGUUGGACGCUGUUAUGGAAGAGGGGUUUGAGGAAAUCAAGAUGACGGAUCAGGGGGCUAUAACUUCAGCUUCCAGUGGUGGAGAAAACCACUUCGAAGUAGCAGCAGAAGGUGAUAAAGAAAAUGUUUCAGCGUCUGAUGAGAAUAGGCGUUUGGAUCACAAUGCAGACCGUCGUGGCAAGAAUGCUCUUGAAAACCAGAACAAUUUGAACGGCAGAAAGACACGGAGAAUAAUGGCUAAACCUUUGAAAGAGAGCUCUGUGGCUCCUGCUGCUGUGGUAGCUCGAAGUCUAAAUCAUCGAAAACCAAAACCUACACAUCCCAAGCCGUUUCGCUUAAGAACUGAUGAAAGAGGGAUUCUUAAGGAAGCAAACCUGGAGAAGAAGCUCCAUCCUACACUUAAAGAACUUACAACUGUCCCACAAAGAAGACAUCAACAUGUUCUCCAAUUUCAGAGAAAUGAGAAGAACCUUGAACAAACUGAACUUGGUAGUAAUACACAUGAAGGCAAUGAAACUGAGGAGAUAAACAGCAGGCCACAGAAGGAACAACCUCAAAAUGAAGCUUCUGGCUUAAGGAAUCCAAAAGGAAUAUCUACUCCCACUCCAAAUAGGCAGCAUACACUGUCUUCACAGAAGAAAGUUGUAGCAGUUCCAAGACGCACUCCAAGCAAAGCCGCAACAACGGGUCAUCAGAAGGCGAGCAGGACGCCCUUGAAGAAGGCUAAAACAGCACUUGUGCAGUAGAAAUGGGAUUUUGUUCGGUAACUGAUAAUCAGCCACUGGAUGAUGCAACUUCUCAGCCUAAUUUCCACGUCGCUCACUCGCCCAAGAGCUGCGCCAGGAGAGUCGGGUCUUGAAUCUUGAUACUUUGCUUAUUAAAAACAGAUUUGAUCU